CUAAUUCAACAAAGUGAAAUGUUUAUUUAUAAAAACUGAAUAAAGAAAGAAAAUCUCUUUUAAUAACAAGCGUAGUUUCCAGCGUAUUUUCCAACGUUUGCACUGUGUACGAGUGAGUUAUGGCACCAAAGGAACGUAAAAUUGCCAUGAUGGGCUACCGAUCCGUUGGCAAAUCGUCAUUGUCUAUUCAAUUUGUGGAAAAUCAAUUCGUUGACUCUUACAAUCCAACCAUCGAGGAUACUUUUACAAAAAUUGUUCGUGUCAAUUCAACAGACUACGAGGUCAAAUUAGUCGAUACAGCAGGUCAGGAUGAAUAUUCUAUAUUUCCAGCCCAAUAUUCCAUGGAUUUUCACGGCUACGUCUUAGUUUAUUCGAUUACCAGUCAAAAGUCAUUCGAGGUCAUACAGAUUAUCUAUGCAAAAUUAUUAGAUGCAAUGGGAAAAGCUUAUGUUCCGGUGGUGUUAGUCGGAAACAAAACAGAUUUACAUCAGGAACGAGCUGUCUCUACUGAAGAAGGACGCAAAUUGGCCGAAUCGUGGAAAGCACAGUUCCUGGAGACAUCAGCGAAGCAAAACGAAUCUGUUACUGACAUUUUCCACUUACUUUUAGUUCAAAUUGAAAAGGAUAACGGCAAUCCAGGAAGCAGCAAUAGCAGUUGCGUCAUAUCCUGAGCUAAAUGAAUGUCGACAGUGGACAAAAGAUUUUUUUAACUUUUUAAAUUCAUGUUUUUUUUUCUUCGUAAGAAACACACAAACAAUGCAAAGAAAACAAAUUGCAUCAUGUAGCAAAACAUGAUAUUAAUUUGGCAAUUUAAACAAAACUAAAGUAGUUUAAGUAAAAAAGUUUAUUUCAAAUACGUUAUUUUACAUCGCCUCUUAUAUAAAAAACGUUUUUUCUUUCAUUCAAAAGUGAAAUGGGUUUCCUUUUUUUUAAUAAAUCGAUGGUUAAUACGCUAAAUCUAAUCAUAAUAUUUACAAGACACUAAUAAUUUGUAAUAUAAGAUGAAUAAAAAAUAAAACAAAA